UUAUUACAAGAAAAACUCGUCUACCACAGUAGACUCGACUCAAAAGCGGGAAUAGUGGGUUAUCGGUGCACGCGCGGCAACGUGGCCUGUGUUCCCGGACAAGAACGAAACACAAAUGGCCUUAGAGACACCGUCAUGGCUAGAUCAAUGCUACGUGGAGAAAAUCCUGCGAAAGUCGGAAGGCGACAAUUCGAUUCGGGUGAUUAAUAUGUUCUCGAAACCGGCCACGAUCAAAGGUGAUAACUACGGCAGCGACAUGAUCAGAAUUACUGCUGAAUUUUCACGUGACCAAGACAGCAGUAAGAUUACAGAGAAGAAAUCAAUCAUCGUCAAACUCUCGCCUAUACUCAAAGGAUCAAAUAGCGUUCGAUACAAUCUUAUCACACAAUCAGGUAUUUUUCAAACCGAAAUAUCGAUGAUGUCAGAUACCUUGGAUAAAAUGAAUAAUUUGUUAGAGCCGAAAUAUCGCUUAAGCGCGAAGGGUUUAUACGCGCAAAAUGACAAUCCAACGCUUCUGGCGAUCGAGGAUCUUGUACCUCUUGGCUUUCGCUUGGCCGAUCGUGUGGCUCGUCUUGACUUAGCUCAUUCCAUAUUGGCGCUUCGCGGACUAGCCAGGUUUCAUGCAACCUCUGUAGCCGUAUGCGAGAAGGAACCAAAGCAAAAGGAGAUGUAUACGAAAGGAAUGUUUAACAACCAGCACCCGCCGGAAAUGAAAGAUUAUUUUAUUACGAGUACAAAAGCUUUAUCAGAGGAGAUUGUAAAUUGGCCAGAAGUAAAAAAAUACUCGGAAAGAAUUGCUAAACUCGCCGAUCACAUAUAUCAAAUAGGAAUAGAUGCAGUUAAGCUCUCCGAGGAUGAAUUUAAUGUUAUUAAUCAUGGUGAUUUUCACGUGAAUAAUAUGAUGUUUAAAUAUGACAAUGAAGACAAACCUACUGAUCACAUAAUUGUGGAUUUCCAGGCGUGCAUCUACACAUCACCGGCAAUCGAUCUUCUAUAUUUUUUCAGUACAAGUCUUUCCCCAGACAUUGACAACAAAAAAGAUAUUUUAUUAAACGAAUAUCUUGAUACCUUAUCGACGACUAUGAAGCAACUAAACUGCAAGACGCAGCCACCCACCAUGGAGGAACUGAAGGAUUCCAUAAAGCGCAGGGCUAGCUAUGGAAUGGUAGCAUCCUUCACGGUUUUUCAAUUUGCGCUCUGCAGUAAGACUGAAGCAAGAGAUUUGGAUGAGAUCAUGAGCAGUGGUAAUCCAGGCUUAAAGAGCGAGAGUUAUAGAAAAGCAAUAAUAAAAAGACUUCCACUGUAUGACGAAUGGGGUUUACUGGAUCUCUAAUGCAUAUUUAAUCUCUAAUAAUGAGAUGUAAAAAUAGUAAAGAAAUAGAAAUUCGCAAAAGAAAUAAAAUAUUAGAGAAAAGUCGCUAAUGCCGACAUAGGCCUUCUAAAGAGAAACCUACAUAUUUUUAAGAUUUACUAAACUUUAUAUCUUAUUAAUAUUGAUUUAUUUAAAUGAUUGAAGAAAACAAAACACAUAAUUUGUAUAUUUGUGACUUGAUUCUACAUAAAAUCAGUUAAACAAAUUUUACAAAUACGAAAAUAACUCUCUUGCAAAUUUCUUUUGCAGUUUGUAUAGUUUAAAUAAUAUUAAAUAUAUUAUUGUUAAUAUUGUUUUAA